AUGGGUAGACUGAUUUGGCAUCAAUGGGGACGUUUGAUGGCUCUCACAAGUGGAGCGUGGACAGCUUGGGGUGGUGCAUGGGCCAUCUUUUAUCGAAAGUUUCUGUGGGAUUUUAUUGAUGGGAGAUUAGGGCCAGUAGGCAUCAUACCACCACCUGAAGCGGCUCCAUUUAUUAGUUUGAUUGUCAAAACACCAGUACUACAAUUUGCAUGUAUUGUUAAUGGACUUCUGACGAUUUUAAUAGAUUGGCCAAUCUUACCAAACUCUUUCUUAUAUAGGAGUUUAGUUUUCAAAUCUGUAUUCUUUUUACAAGCAGGUAUCAUUGCAGGAUUGUUGUAUCAAACUGCUGAUGCUUCUGUACUUUAUGGGAUCACUAUUUUGGCUUAUAUUAUAGCUGUGUGUAAAGCAGAAGUGGUUGGAGAAAAGAAGGCUAGAACGGACUCGGUUUGA